CACUUCAGUUGUAAGAAAGGAGGCAUACAUGCCGCCUUCUGGCUCUCCCACUUUUGCUUCCAUUAACUUCCAUCAACAACUUGUCGUUCUUCUUCAGUUCACAUAAAUCAAUCCUUCAAUCCCCUCUCAAAUUCCUUGUUUCGUAGCGCUUAAUGAUGCUGUUGAGAAAUUCUUCAACCCCAAUUCUUAAUUCUUGGCUUCACCAAUCCAAAUCCUCCCCUUCAGAAUCGGACCAAAUCCUCCCGUUUCGAAGAACCAAAUCGCUCUCGUUAACACCCUCUUUUCACCUUCCACCGCCUUUAUCGAAUGAUUCAGCGAAGAGGGUAACCCAAAAUCUGCUAGAAUUAGAUAUUACAGAUCCCAGAAAGAAGAUUUCAUUACCCAAGAGCUAUAACUUUCAAUCCGGAGUGAGAUCAGUUCGAGAUCAAGAUCUCAGACCCACUUCAGAUUCGCCGUCGUCUUCGAUUUCUGGAGUGUUUUUGAAUUCUGGGUUGGGUCUGAAAGUGCCAAAUGAUGAAGUUCGCGAUGAAUGCGUUCUGCAGAUGCUGGUGAUCGGCGGCGGAACGGGAAGCGACGGCGGACGGGUGUGUGGCGGUGGAGGCGGUGGAAGCGGCGGAAGAGGUUCCAACGGCGGUGGUGGAGGGGAUUCUGAUAAGUCAGGGUUUAACAAUAGCACAGAUGCUUAUUAUCAGAAGAUGAUUGAAGCGAACCCUAACAAUGCUCUUCUACUUGGAAAUUAUGCCAAAUUCUUGAAAAAGGUUAAUGGAGACUUUGCCAAAGCCGAAGAGUUUUGUGAAAGGGCAAUUCUAGCUGACCCGAAUGAUUCAAGUGUUCUAUCGCUUUAUGCUGAUCUUAUUUGGCAUACACAGAAGGAUGCUCAACGAGCUGCGACCUAUUUUGAUCAGGCGGUUAAAAGUUCCCCUGAUGAUUGCUAUCUUCUAGCUUCAUACGCACGGUUUCUCUGGGAUACCGAUGUCGACGAAGAAGACGAUAUGCCACAGCAGUAUGAAACAGAGGAAAGGCAUCCGUCUCGGCCCGGUUUCUCACAUGGAGCUCCUCACCAUCCUCCUCUCGCUGCAUCUUCCUAAUCUCAUCAAAUAUAUAACACACUACUUUCCUUGCCACUGUAAGAUAUCUUCAAUAAACCAUAAUCUCAUUGCCGUCGUUUGCUUUAGUACGUGUGUAUGAACACGAUUCUCUCACUUGUAACCCUUUCUAUAACUCAUAAAAUGUAAAAAGUUCAUAAAUAAACCCACUUUUGAAGCCCCUUUUGCCUGUGUCUUCCAUGGAGAAAGAUUUAGCCUUACUUUCUCUCUACCUUUAUGACAAAGUUACCAAUUUGAAGAAUCAGGGUGUUGUGUUAAUCACCGUCGACACUCGAACGAUUGGGAUUGGACAUGGGUGUACGAGAUCUCUAGCCUAAUCGGACUAACAACGACACCCUUGAUGCCCGAUGGAUCGAGGUUGGAUAUGGGUGUACGAGGUCUCGAUCCUGAUCGAACUAACAAUGACUAUUGUUGAUGGCCAAACAAUCGAGAUUGGACAUGGGUGUACGGGAUCUCGAUCCUGAUCGGAGUAACAAUGACUGUUGUUGAUGCCCAAACGAUCGAGGUUGGACAUGGGUGUACGGGAUCUGGAUCCUGAUCGGAAUAUGAAGAGCUAUUUCUUUAAUUAGCCCUUGAUUUUGUUGCAAUAAGAUGUUUUUGUGGUAUGAUAUUCUUUGUUUGUGGCAGUGUCGUUAUCUUUCAUGCAUCAGCCAAGCUGUUCCAAAGCAUGUUUUUAAGUAUUUUAAUGUUGUAAUAUCAAAUUAAGGUUUGUAUUA